AUGGCAUCACUUACAAGAGGACGUACGGAUGAUGCUAAAAAAGAGCAAGAGCAGAGGAGGAUUUUGUUAACGCUUUGUGCGAGAUAUAUACAAUCUGCUGGAUAUCCUGAAGCAUCUGCGAAACUUAUUCAUGACUCAGGGAUAAGCCUAGAGAAGUUUGAUGUGGCGGAUAACAUUGACCUUGCAAUUAUUGUGAAAGAAUAUGAAGAGUAUUAUCAAAUUAAAUAUAAUAAGCCACCCAAAUUCAUAAAGAAGCUGGAUUUUGUUGAAGAGAAAAAAAUAAGCAGACCUUUACCGCAGAGAAAUAAAACAGGUGUGACGUCCAAAAAUUCGAAUAGAGAACCUUCUUCAGAUAGUCGAAAUGAAAGCCUAGAACUUUCAGGAAAAGCUAUUACAGUAAUAAAUAUUUAGAAACCUCAAGUAUUUUUUAUUUAGGAACCUGAAGUGGAGUCUAAUAACGAUUUUUAUGAAAAUCGUCUACUGAAACCUCUCCCUGAUUAUUCUGCUGAAUAUAAAGAUCUAGCCACUUCAAUCUAUAGAGAUAUUUGCCAAUAUAAUCCAAACGUUAACUUUUCUGAUAUUAUUGGCCUUGCAGAAGCUAAAAGGCUACUGAAAGAAGCUGUACUAAUGCCAAUGAAAUAUCCACAUUUAUUCACUGGAUUACUAGAACCAUGAAAAGGAAUUCUCCUCUUUGGUCCUCCUGGAACUGGCAAAACAAUGCUCGCCAAAGCUGUAGCCUCUGAGUGCCGCACAACAUUUUUCAACAUUUCUGCAUCCUCAAUUGUCAGCAAAUGAAGAGGGGACUCAGAAAAACUCGUCAGAGUUUUAUUUGAGCUUGCAAGGUACUAUGAGCCUUCCACAAUCUUUAUCGACGAAAUAGACAGCAUAAUGAGCCAAAGAGAUUCAGGAGACCAUGAAGGGAGCAGAAGAAUGAAAACUGAGCUUCUAGUGCAGCUUGACGGGCUAGUUAAGACGAAAGAAAGGAUCUUUUUGCUUGCUGCAAGCAAUCUUCCUUGGGAUCUUGAUUCUGCACUUUUGAGGAGACUGGAAAAAAGGGUGAUCUUUAUUUAGAUUUUAGUGCCGCUUCCUACACUUGAGGCGAGAGAGCAGCUUUUGUUGAGUUUGGUUCCACCGAAUAAAAGCCAAGGGGUGGAUUAUGGAGAAUUUGCAAGAAGAAUUGAAGGGUACUCUGGAUCAGAUAUAAAACUAUUGUGUAAAGAAGCAGCGAUGAAGCCAAUUAGGAGACUGAUGGGAGUUAUAGAAAUUAUGGAUGAAAAUGUGACGAUGAAUUGGCACAAGCCGGCUGACCCAUCUUCAAUUCCUACCCCAGGGCCUGUAACGAGCAGAGAUUUCGAUGAUGCGCUGGAAACGACAAAAAUUUCUUCUUCUUUGCCUUUGCAAGCAUAUGAAAAAUGGUAUAGUGAAUAUGGAUCAACAUAA